GAUAAGUUUUGUAAUUUGCCUCUUAUUUUAUUUUGUAAUUUACCAAAUAACAGUUUGAUUGUAUGACUGUUUUCAUAUUUUGAAGUGACGUGAAUGUUAAACAAAUGAAUCUUCCUGCGUGUGUUUGAAGAGUUUGGUGACAGGGGGACAAAUUAAUACUCACUCAGAAUCUCGGACUUAUUAAUAAAAAAAAACUAUGACUUUCUUAAGAAACUUAAGAAUUGUGACAGCUUGGUGCUGGAUGUUGUGUUUUAUACAAACCUCAACAGCUCAACAACUUAGAAUAGUAAGCAGUUCAGGGACUGUUGGAGGAUUAAGGGGAAGAUUAGAAGUAUUUUACAAUAACACGUGGGGUACAAUUUGUGAUGACCAUUUUGACAGAAAUGCUGCUACUGUGGCGUGUAAAAUGCUGGGAUUAUACAGCAGUAACAACUUUGUGGUUGCCCGGACAUCAGCUUAUUUUGGACAAGGAAAUGGACCCAUAUGGCUGGAUGAUGUGACGUGUACGGGUAAUGAGAAUUCAUUGCUGAACUGUCAAGUCAAACCUUGGGGGGACCAGAAUUGUAUGCACAAUGAAGAUGUUGGCGUAGAUUGUAAUGCAGCUAUGGUUGCUAAUAUCCCUGUGCGGUUGGUGAAUGGAACAAAUAAUAUGAAUGGUCGAGUUGAAGUCCAAAUCAACAACACAUGGGGGACGAUUUGUGAUGAUGAAUGGGACGAUAAGGCUGCUAGAGUUGUUUGUAACAUCGUAGCCCAGCAAAGUACAACAGCUGUACCAGUUGGGAAUGCCAUGUUUGGCUCAGGAAGGGGCCCCAUUUUGUUGGAUGAUGUGAAAUGUUUAGGAAAUGAGACCGGACUUGGAGCUUGUGAUCACAAACCGUUCGGAGUCAACAACUGUGACCACACAGAGGAUGCGGGAGUUUUCUGUCUCACUGGAGCCUCUAAUGUACAGCUCAGACUGGCUGGAGGGUUAAACAGAUACCAGGGGCGUGUAGAAAUACAGGUGUUUGGUCAAUGGGGGACGAUUUGUGAUGAUAGCUUCGACGUAAGAGAGGCCAAUGUCAUUUGUCGCCAACUGGGAUUCCAAAGAGGAGGCGUAGUGCUGACUGGAUCUUCAUAUGGAGGAGGAAGGGGGCCUAUCUGGAUGGAUGACCUGGAGUGUUUGGGAAAUGAAACCUCCAUCCAGUCCUGUACCAGGAAACCCUGGGGGGUCAAUAAUUGCGGGCACGACGAGGAUGUAGCCGUAUCUUGUACGCCAGACAACGUCCCACCUGUACAGAUUCGCCUUGCAGGAGGUCCAAACAGUAGGGAGGGUCGUGUGGAAGUCCAGUACAAUGGUCAGUGGGGCACUGUCUGUGACGACUCGUGGUCCAACGCUGACGCCGCUGUAGCCUGCAGAAUGUUGCAUCUUCCUUUCUCUGGAGCUGUAGGUGUCACUAAAUCUCCGUACGGUCCUGGAACGGGGCAGAUUCUGAUGGACGAUGUGAAGUGUGUAGGGACAGAGAGCUCCUUGGCAAACUGUAACUUCAAUGGCUGGGGACAGAACAACUGUGGACAUAGUGAAGAUGCAGGUGUUAUAUGUCAAGAUACCACAACUCAAAUGCAAAUCCGACUGGUAGAUGCCAAUGGUCAGAGUGGGGGUUUUCAAGGUCGUCUAGAGGUCAACAUUAACAACACCUGGGGCACUGUGUGUGAUGAUGCCUUUGGGACCCCAGAAGCCGUUGUCGUGUGUAAACAGCUACAUUUCAGUGGGGCCAAUGCAACAGCUAAAGGUAGCGCAUUUUUUGGACAAGGAACAGGACCCAUCUACCUGGACGAUGUGAACUGUGCUGGUACCGAGACGGGACUCCAGUUCUGUGGUCACCGUGGAUACGGACACAGCAACUGCGACCACUCAGAGGAUGUCUCUGUCAUUUGCAAAUCUGGAGAUAAUUUACCGACACGUGUGAGGCUAGUGGGGGGAACAACAAACAACGAAGGUCGAGUAGAGGUCUACCACCAGGGGGCGUGGGGAACAGUCUGUGACGAUUACUUUGAUACAGUGGCUGCUCAAGUUGUCUGCAAAAUGCUAAAUCUGCCUUGGCAAGGAGCUCAGCCAAGAUCAAAAGCUUUCUUUGGACAAGGAUCAGGCCAGAUUCUGUUGGACAAUGUGAUCUGUAGAGGAAACGAGACAAACAUUGAGUUCUGUCGACACAGGCCAUGGGGAACCUCAAACUGUCGCCACAGCGAAGACGUGGGCGUGGUGUGUGGAUCACUGAGUCGAGUCCAGAUACGACUUGUGAAUGGCUCAUCCACCUCUAAUGGACGUGUAGAGAUCUACCACAAUAACACCUGGGGAACUGUUUGUGAUGAUUCCUUUAACAACAAUGCUGCAGCUGUUGUCUGUAAUAUGUUAGGUUUCCAGAGAGGCCGUAGCACAGCCGUGUCCAAUGCGAGGUUUGGUCAGGGUACUGGACCAAUAUUACUUGAUGAUGUCCUCUGCAAGGGGACAGAGACUAGCAUACUUCAAUGCAGAAGCAAGGGAUGGUACACCAACAAUUGUGACCACACAGAAGAUGUGGGUGUCGUCUGUAACACAGCUCAGCCUCAGCUUAGACUUGUAAAUGGAGGGAGCAGAUACAAGGGGAGAGUAGAGAUCAACAUAGCUGGAAUGUGGGGUACAAUCUGUGAUGACAAGUUUGAUGCGAAUGCUGCCAAAGUUGUAUGCAAGACCAUGGGGUUGCCAUAUCAGAAUGCCCUUCCUGCUACAGCCGCUGCCUUUGGGCAGGGAACGGGAAAUAUCUUGCUGGAUAAUGUUGUGUGUCAGGGCAACGAAUCUUCCAUACUGGACUGUCGAACUAAUCCUGUCGGGACCAACGAUUGUGAACACUCGGAAGAUGUGGGAGUCAUUUGUCAGAGUGCUCCACAAAGUAGCAAUGUACAGGUGAGGCUUACAGGUGGUCCCUCCAAUCAGGAGGGGCUCCUCCAGGUGAACUAUGCGGGUCAGUGGGGCACUGUGUGCGAUGACGAUUUUACAGACAAAGCUGCUAAAGUGGUCUGCAACAAUCUUGGACUAACAUAUGUUAAGGCUGUGGCUGUAGCAUCUGCCACGUACAAAUCUCCCAACACAAACUACGGUCCUAUCUGGCUGGACGGAACAAACUGCACCGGUACAGAGACCUCUAUUGGACUGUGUGGCCACAAUCCUUGGGGGACAAACGACUGCGACCACACUGAGGACAUAGGGGUGGCCUGUCAGACCAGUCAGAUGUUAAGUAUGCAGGUUCGUCUAAGAAAUGGUACCAGUAACAGUGGAAGAGUGGAGGUCUACCAUAACAACCAAUGGGGCACCAUUUGUGACGACGGCUGGGGAAUACAGGAAGCUACCGUAGUCUGUAGAAUGCUGGGAAAACCCACGGGGGUAGUGGUACCUUUGGCCAACUCGUACUAUGGAGCAGGAUCAGGUCAGAUCUGGGUUGAUGAUAUUAACUGUGCAGGAAACGAGACUAACCUCGGGUCAUGUGCCCAUAAGCCAUGGGGUGUCAACGACUGUGACCAUACAGAGGAUGCCUCUGUCAUGUGUUUGAAUGCCAACCCUCACCCCCCUCCAGUGUCGGUAAGACUCGUGGGAGGGUUGACCCGGAGCCAGGGACGGGUGCAGGUCAGGUACAAUGGAAUCUGGGGCUCGGUGUGUGAUGACUCCUGGGAUAACAGGGAUGCUCAGGUCAUCUGCUCUAUGCUCGGCUUCAGCUCCAGUGGUGCCCGAGCUAUCAAUCACAUAGGAACAGGAAGUGGUCCGAUCUGGAUGGAUGAUGUCGAGUGCACGGGAUCAGAGACCAAUAUUGGACAGUGUACCUUCAAAGGGUGGGGGGAGAACAACUGUGACCAUUCAGAAGAUGCUGGUGUUGUCUGUGUAGAUUCCUCAGUGCGACCUCUCCAAGUGCGAUUAGUGAAUGGCCCCUCAAAUAAGGAGGGUAGGGUGGAGGUUAACUAUGGAGGGACCUGGGGGACAGUCUGUGAUGACCGGUGGUCCAAUGCCGACGCUCAAGUCGUCUGUAGAAUGCUUGGAUUGCCAACUUCCCAGGCCACUGCCUACUCAAGAGCUCGGUAUGGACAAGGUCCAGCAAGUCAGAAAAUUAUCCUGGAUGAUGUAGGCUGUAUUGGUACAGAGACGAAUCUGGGUCAGUGUAAUUAUACUGGACUGGGGCUGAGUAACUGUGACCACACGGAGGAUGCAGGUGUCAGUUGUCUUUCAGGGACCAUUAACUUGCAAAUUCGCCUUCGUGGUGGCAGCAACAACCAGACAGAAGGGCGAGUGGAGAUCUUUUACAACAACACGUGGGGAACUGUCUGCGACGAUUACUUUGGAUCACAGGAAGCUGCCGUCAUUUGUAGGAUGCUGGGACUUUCUUCAACUGGAGCGCGUGCCAAAACUUCAGCAUUUUACGGACAGGGAAGUGGCCCCAUCUGGCUUGACAACCUGAACUGUAUUGGCAAUGAGAGCAGUCUUGCCCAGUGUGGUAGCAGGGGUUGGGGGAUCAGCAACUGUAGACACAGCGAAGAUGCUGGGGUUAUCUGUCAAGGCAGACAGAGAGUGACUCCUGUUCGUUUGGUGGGUGGAAGCAGUCGAUACGAAGGCAGAGUGGAGGUGUUCCACGGUGGACAGUGGGGGACGGUGUGUGAUGACGUGGCCGACUACAGGGCAGCGCAAGUCAUCUGUAACCAGCUAGGCUUCCCCAGUUCUACAGCUGCUGUGAAGGGCUCCGCCUACUUUGGGGCUGGAACUGGUCAGAUCUGGAUGGACGACCUCCACUGUGAUGGAACUGAGCUCUCCUUGGACACCUGUCACUUCAGACCGUGGGGCACCAACAACUGUGGUCACAACGAAGACCUCAGUGUCAUCUGUACAGCUCCCAGUAUACCAAUUCGUCUGGUGGAUCCCAAUGGCAAUCCUAACCAAGGCCGUGUGGAAGUUCAAGUUAACGGAACUUGGGGCACUGUGUGUGAUGACAUGUUUGAUUCCAAAGCAGCUGGUGUCGUGUGUGCAAUGGCUGGCUUUAGAAGAACAGGGGCGGUUGCGAAGCCGCGAUCAUUUUUCGGGCGUGGAUCGGGUCAGAUUCUCCUGGAUGAUGUUCACUGUGUUGGCUCUGAGAAGACUCUCCUCCAAUGUUCCUCUAAACCCCUGGGUACCAACAACUGUGACCACGAUGAAGAUGUGGGUGUCAUCUGUAAUACACAGAUUUUACCAAUACGGUUAGUCGGUGGAACAGCAAACAGUGGGCGUGUGGAGAUCCAGUAUAACAACACAUGGGGAACUAUCUGUGAUGAUUACUGGACAGCUAGAGGCGUGAACAACGCCAAGGUUGUCUGUAAAAUGCUGGGAAAGCCAUACUCCAAUGCUUAUGGACUAAGUAGAGCAUACUUUGGUCAGGGAACAGGACAAAUCUGGUUGGACGAUCUGAAAUGUAGAGGAAACGAGUCAAACAUUGAUUCCUGUCCACAUCGAGCCUAUGGCAGCAAUAACUGCAGACACACGGAAGAUGUGGGAGUCGUGUGUACUGACACCCCUAGGACCACCACCCCAAGACCUGGUCGGGUGACCACCACCUUAGCGACCCCUGCCCCGGGAACCACCUUCAUCCGACUGGUCAAUGGCCCCGAUGCCUAUCAGGGACGUGUAGAGGUGUACGCCUUUGGUCAGUGGGGAACCAUCUGUGAUGAUGCAUUCACCAAUCAAAAUGCUGGGGUUCUCUGUCAGAUGCUGGGAUACAGCAGCACUGGAGCCUCCUUUAGAGGUGCUGCCUCCUAUGGAGCGGGGACAGGAAAGAUUUGGCUGGACAAUGUGAACUGUACAGGGUCUGAGACUUCCAUCACCCAGUGCCGGUCCAACGGCUGGGGGGCCCAUAACUGUGGACACAACGAGGAUGUGGGCAUUGUUUGCUCUUCUGGAUCAUACCCUGAUUUCUUCCUGCUGAUGACUGACACCAGAAACAAAAGCAUCUACAGAAUGGAUCUAAAUAGCUACAGCUAUGAAGUGGUUCCCCUACAUAACCAUGACAACCCGAUCUCCAUUGACUUUGACAGCCAGAACGAGGACAUCUAUUGGACGGAUGUAGGAUCCAAUCAGAUCAGGAGUGCCUCCAUCACCGGCAGCAACGAGAAGGUCGUCAGACAGCUCGGCAAUAGUGCCACCCCUGAUGGAAUAUCUGUGGACCCAGUGUCACGCCUGAUCUUCUACACAGACACAGGCUACAAUGUCAUUUCCCUCAUCACUAUUGACGGCGCCUACUCCAAAACUAUCAUUAACCAGAACUUGGAUGAACCCAGAGCGAUUGUCACAAAUCCACAGACAGGGGUAUUCUACUGGACAGACUGGGGAACAAAUGCCAGGAUAGAGUCGGCUAACUAUGAUGGAACUGGGCGCAGGGCAAUCAUCACCACUAACAUCAAGUGGCCCAACGCUCUGGCUGUGGACUUCCAAAGUAACAAGAUGUACUGGGCGGACGGGAGCACGCGUCUGAUAGAAGUGGUUAACCUGGAUGGUAGUGGGCGAACCACCGUGUCCGACCAGUCUCGCACACGCGCACACUUCUUUGGCAUUGUACUGUACCAGACCACCCUGUAUUACACGGACUGGAGCCAACAUUCUGUGAUGAAGGUCUCCACCUCACAAAGCUCCUCCCCUGUGGCUGUUGGACCUGCCACGUUUGGUAGACUCAACGACCUACAUUUGUACAGAAGUGGUGUAGGAUUUUCAGGAUCCAAUGCCUGUACCAGCGGUAAGGGAGGCUGCUCCCACAUCUGUCUACCUGGCCCAGGUAAUGUCAAGAAAUGUGCCUGUCCAGACGGCUUGUCUCUACAACCAGGAGGUUUAACCUGUGGAACAGCUGUCCCCUGUCAGGCCCUGCAGGCCCCCACCAAUGGUAUGGUCACUCCCGCAGCCUGUACCAGCUCACUGUCCAAGCCCAACACAAACUGCACAGUGUCCUGUAAGAGUGGCUACACCCUGUAUGGAACAAGCUCCCUCACUUGUAACGCCAACGGACAGUGGAACACAGGGGCAGCAUUCAUCAUGUGUCAAGAUACCCAGCCCCCAGUGCUGACCUGCCCAAAAGAUCAGACAGUGACCGCUGACAUGGGUAAACAGACAGCCACCGUCCAAUGGACCCCUCCCUCAGCCACCGACAACUCAGGCAGUAACGUCGCUGUGCUACAGGAAGUGACAUCACCAGCCAUUCUGGGAGUGGGAGCCCAUGUGAUCAAAGCCGUUGCCUUUGACUCGGCUGGACGAUCAAGUUCUUGCAGCUUUACUGUAACUGUUAAUGUGUUGAACUGCCCUGCCCUGUCUCCGCCCGUGAAUGGCAUGAUUCUGUCCCCUGGGUGUGGUAACUACUACGGCGCCACAUGUCAGGUGGGAUGUAUGGCCGGCUUUAAUCUACAGGGAGGAAGUGCCACCGUCACCUGUCAGAAGAAUGGUAACGGUGCUCAGUGGUCACCUGCCACCUCGACCCUGCAGUGUAAAGCUGUAAGCUGUCCAAAGAUCCCUGUCCCACAGAAUGGUUACAUCACGGGCUGUCAGCCCCCCUACACAGUGGGCUCUGUUUGUACCCAGGGCUGUAAUGCCUCCUACGUCGCCUUUGGGAACACCAUAUACAGGAACUGUCAGUCCACAGGAAUGUGGGGCGGGUCCAUGUUGACCUGUCAGCCUUAUGGAUCUCCUGGAAUGAUGAGUGGGGCUCAAUCCGGCGGUGGCUCCAGUGGUAGCUCCGUUAACAGCAGUGCUAUCACCGCAGGGGCGGUGAUUGGGGCGGUGCUCAUCGUCAUCAUUGUUGUGGGGGCCUUCCUCUACACCAAGCGACAACAAUUUGCUGCGGCAGGUUCUAGUCGGUCCUAUGAAAUGGGAGGCAUGAGUAAUCCUAAUUAUGGGACAUCAGACACGUGAAGGGGAGAAAACUCCUGUCGAUAACUGAAUACCAGUGACUGUAUAAAUAGUGGAGAAUAUUCUAAUUGUCGCAUCAUUUCAUCCAUCAGUGUUAAUAUUUGGUUAAUGAUACUCAUUUGGAUCAUCAUUUACAUGUAAAAAUGCAUAAAUGUUGACUUACCAAUACUCAGUAAGAAUUCAUAAUACUCCUGUCAAUAUAUUAAUUUAAUGAUUAAAUGUGUAUGCGUGUAUUUAAUAAAGGUUUUAAAACACA